AUGCAUCUGGAACAACUGCAUAGUUUAUACAAACCAUCAUUAGAAUCGCGAGUUUUUACUGUUUAUCGUGGAUUAAGUAUGCCCUCGAUAGAUUUCGAGCAAAAAAUAAGUGGCGAAAAGGGAAAUUUAAUUGCGUUUGAUAGUUUUCUCUCAACUAGUUUGGACGAAAAUGUAGCCAAACUAUUUGCUUCGUAUAAACAAGAUCCCAAAAAUGAAUCUGUUGUUUUCUCUAUCGAAAUCGAUGCUGAUCGAAUGGAACGUCCAUUCGCUGAUAUAUCUCGUUGGAGUAACUUUAAAAAUGAACGUGAAGUUCUUUUCUCAAUUGGGACUGUUUUUCGAAUCGAUGAUGUAGCAGAUCAAAAAACAAGUGAUGGUAUUUGGAUGGUUCGCUUAAGUACUGUCAGUGAGAAAGAUGAACAAUUACAAAAGGAAAUUCAGCAAAUACAAUUGACUCUAUUAAAAUUUUUCGAAAAUGUACUUCAUGCUCAACGUGACGCCAAAGAUGAUCGAAAAAUUCCUGCCAGCAAUGCUAAUGUAGCAAGUAUGUAUUAUAAACAAGGUGAAUACGAGGAUAGCUUACUAUUCUAUGAAAAAGCCUUGGAGACUUUAAACAAAUUAGAAUCGCCCGAUCCAAUAACAAAGGCAACAUAUAUCAGUAAUGUUGCUAAAGUACAUCUGGCAUUGAAGCACUAUGAUAAAGCUCUAGAUUUUUAUAAAGAAGCGUUGAAUAUUCGUUGUCACGAGUGUGAACCCAAUGAUCCAUCAUUAAUUCAUACAUUACAUACGAUUGGUCAUAUUUAUCGUGGAAAAGAAGAUUGGAAUGCAGCUCUCGAACAAUACCAGGAAGCAUUGAAGUUACAACUCUUAUCUCUCGAAUCUGAUCUUUUAUUGGAUCCCUCAUCCAUCGCUGUUACUUAUAUUUGUAUUGGUAAUAUUCUUCAUCGUCAAGAGAAAUAUCAACAGGCACUAGAUUCGUUUUUAAAAGCGCUCAAACAGCAGCACGAGCAUUUGCCGGAAGAACAUCCUGCUUUAGCAUUUCUAUAUAAUAAUAUUGGUGCGGUGUAUUAUAAAAUGAAACAAUAUGAUCUUACUUUGGAAAAUCAACUAAAAUGUUUGAAAAUCGAAUCAAAAUCGCUACCAAAAGAGCACAAAACAUUUGCUGAAACGUAUAAGAACAUUGCCACGACCUAUGAAAAGCGUCGACAAUUCGAUCAAGCAAUUGAAUUUGCUCAGAAAUACAUUGAUCAAUUAAAACCCUUUAAUUCAGAAAAUAGUAAAGAGCUCAAUGACGCGAUGGAUUUCCUUAAGAGAAUUCAAAUAAGUAGAGACAAUAGAAAAUAA